ACGAGCAGCGGCGGAGCGGCGGCGGCGCUUUCUCCUCCGGUAACCUAAACAAUGAGUCCUACUACACACCGGAGCAAAGCACGCCAGUAGAAUGCGUAUCUCAGAGCCCGAUUCCUGCCUUUCGCUGCUAUUCCGACCGCUCACUUGAACGUAACAUGUGGAUACCCACGGAACACGAAAAAUACGGCGUCGUGCUGGUCAGUUUCCGAGGGACCGUCCAGCAUGGCCUCCCGCUGGAAAUCGGAGACACGGUGCAGAUCCUGGAAAAAUGUGAAGGGUGGUACCGAGGAUUUAUCCUGAAGAACCCAAAUGUCAAGGGGAUCUUUCCGUCCUGCUACAUCCACUUGAAGAAUGCCCACGUCAAGAACAAAGGGCAAUUCGAGACGGUCAUCCCCGUUGAGGACUCGGUCAUCACAGAGAUGACGUCAACGCUGCGAGACUGGGGUGCUAUGUGGAAACAGCUCUACGUGAAGAAUGAAGGAGAUUUGUUCCACCGGCUUUGGCACGUGAUGAAUGAAAUCCUGGACCUGAGGAGGCAGGUGCUGGUCGGCCACCUCACCCACGACCGCAUGAGGGACGUCAAGCAGCACAUCACGGCCAGAUUGGAUUGGGGUAACGAACAGCUCGGCUUGGACCUGGUCCCCAGGCGGGAGUUCAGCAUGGUGGACCCGGAUGAAAUCAGUGUCACAGAGCUUUACAAACUGAUGGAACACCGGCAUCGUAAAAAGGAGACGGCCGCGCCGGCGAGCACCCAUCACCUGUUCGUCCACGUGAAGAGCCUGAUGAGCGCCAACCUGGGAGAGGAGCUGGAAGUCUUCUUUCACAUCUACGACGGACGGGAGAACCGGCCGCUCAGUGAAAGGUUCUUUGUCAGGCUGAAUAAGAGCGGGUUGCCCAAGUCGCCGGAGAAGACGGAGAGACAGUGCACGCUGUUUGUGGAUCUGGGGAGCAGUGAUCUACGAAAAGACGUCUACAUCGUCGUUCACUUCAUAAGAAUAGGGAGGAUGGGAGCUGGGGAGAAGAAGAACCUGUGCAGCGUUCAGUACAGGAGGCCGUUCGGCUGUGCUGUGGUCAGCAUCGCCGAUCUUCUCACCGCCGACUCAAAGGACGACCACCUGCUUAAGGUUUACGCGUGUAACACGGAGAGCGAAUGGCACCAAAUCCACGAGAACAUAAUCAAAAAGGCCAAUUCCAGAUACAACCUGUCUGGAUCCAAUACUGGCUUGGCCGUGGCUCUGCAGCUCCUCCACGGCGACAUCGAGCAGCUGAGGCGGGAGUACAUGGUCCUCUUCACCCGGGGCGUCUCCAUCACCAGGAAGCUGGGCUUCUCCGAUAUCAUCAUGCCAGGAGAGAUGAGGAACGACCUUUACAUCACGCUGGAAAAAGGAGAGUUUGAGAAGGGCGGGAAGAGCGUGGCCCGGAAUGUCGAGAUCACCGUCUACGUGCUGGAUAUCGAUGGCCAGAUCCUCAAGAGUCACGUGGCCGCCGGCUCAGGUGAGCCUGGCGGGGACGAGUACCACUCCCUGGUGCUGUACCACAACAACAGCCCCCGCUGGGCGGAGCAGAUCAAGCUGCCCAUACCUGUCGACAUGUUCCGGGGAUCACACGUCCGCUUCGAGUUCCGACACUGCUCCACUAAAGACAAGGGAGAGAAGAAACUGUUCGGCUACUCCUUUGUUCCUCUGAUGCAGGAGGAUGGCAGGACUCUGCCAGAUGGCACCCAUGAGCUCAUUAUCCAUAAGUGCGAGGAGAACACCAGCCUGGCCGACUGCUCGCGCUACCUGAAGCUGCCGUUCACCAAGGCCAACCUCCCGUCCAACAAUCAGACGCUGAAAGGCACCAAGGAGUCUUUCUGGAUCACCAGCUUCCUCUGCUCCACCAAGCUCACACAAAACGGCGAUAUGCUGGACCUGUUGAAGUGGAGAGCCCACCCCGAAAGGAUCAACGACAGCCUCUCCAAGCUGAAGGAGAUCGAUGGCUCGGAGAUUGUCAAAUUCCUGCAGGACACCCUGGACACUCUCUUCGGGAUUUUGGACGAGAGCUCCCAGAGAUACGGCCUCAAGGUUUUCGACUCUCUGGUCCACAUCAUCAACCUCCUGCAGGACAGUAAAUUCCAGCACUUCAAGCCCGUCAUGGACACAUACAUCGAGAGCCACUUUGCCGGGGCUUUGUCCUACAGGGACCUGAUCAAAGUGCUGAAGUGGUACGUGGACCGCAUUGUCGAUGCAGAGCAUCAGGAGCACAUCCAGCAGGUGCUCAAGGCCAGCGAGUACAUCUUCAAGUACAUCAUCCAGUCUCGCCGGCUCUUCUCUCUGGCCACGGGGGGCCAGAACGAGGAGGAGUUCCGGGUCUGCAUCCACGAGCUCUUCAUGUCCAUCCGCUUCUUCCUCUCGCAGGAGAAUAAAGGCACUAGCCCCGUCGCACAGACGCAGGCGGUGUUCCUGCGGACGUUUCCCGCAAUUUACAGCGAGCUGCUGAAGAUCUUCACCAUCCGCGAGGUGGCCGGCUUCGUCAGGGAGACGCUGGGCAGCCUGCCGGCCGCGAUCCACGCCGACUGCCCCCUGGAGGCCGUCAAGCUGCAGUGCAUCGCCAAGACUGUGGAGAGCCAGCUUUACAUUAACCCGGAGUCUCGAUGCAUCCUGCUCCCCGUGGUGCUCCGAGUCCUCCAGGCCCACAUGCAGGAGCAGAGAGACCUGGUCAUGUGCGCGCGCAUACUCACCAGCAUGCUGUCGCUCCUAAAGAAGGAGGAAAACGGGACCACGGAGCCUGUGGUGUCUGAGGAAGUGGAGCUGAUUGUGGAGAGCCUGCUGGGAGUUCUGCUGAGAACCAUCCUGGAAAUUAGCAACAGGCCCCAGCCUGCUGGACCAGCCAUGAGACUUCAGUUCCAGGAUGUCACAACCUGUCAGGGAGAGUUUGUGGCCUGUUUGUUGGCGCUGCUGCGACAGAUGAGCGACAGACACUACCAGCAGCUGCUGCAGGCGUUCAGCAGCAAAGACGACCUGAGGGACUAUCUUCUUCAUAUCUUCACAGUCUUCAGAAUCCUUAUCCGCCCAGAAAUGUUUCCUAAAGACUGGACAGUAAUGCGAUUGGUCACAAACAAUGUCAUCAUCACAACCGUCCUUUACCUCUCCGACGCUCUGAGGAAAAACUUCCUCAAUGACAAGUUCGACUACAAGGUGUGGGACUCGUAUUUUUAUCUGUCGGUAAUAUUUAUCAACCAGCCCUGUCUUCAGCUGGAGUCCUUUUCACCCUCCAAGAGGAAGAAGAUACUAGAAAAGUACGGAGACAUGAGGGUGAUGAUGGGCUGUGAGAUUUUCAGCAUGUGGCAGAAUUUAGGGGAACACAAGUUGAACUUCAUCCCGGCCAUGAUUGGCCCGUUCCUGGAGGUGACACUGGUGCCGCAGCCCGAUCUCAGAAAUGUCAUGAUCCCCAUCUUCCACGACAUGAUGGACUGGGAGCAGAGACGAAGUGGCAAUUUCAAACAGGUGGAGGCGAAGCUGAUUGACAAGCUGGACAGCCUGAUGUCCGAGGGCAAAGGAGACGAGACAUACAGGGAACUGUUCAACAGCAUAAUUCCUCUGUUUGGUCCGUACCCUAGCCUGCUGAAGAAGAUUGAGAGGGAGACCUGGAGGGAGAGCGGGAUCUCUCUGAUCGCCACCGUCACUCGCCUGAUGGAGAGGCUGCUGGACUACAGGGAUUGCAUGAAGCUGGGAGAGGUGGAUGGUAAAAAGAUUGGCUGUACCGUCAGUUUACUGAACUUCUACAAGACGGAGCUGAACAAAGAGGAGAUGUACAUCCGCUACAUCCACAAGCUGUACGACCUGCACUUGAAAGCACAAAACUACACAGAGGCGUCGUACACCCUGCUGCUGUAUGAUGAGCUGCUGGAGUGGUCCGACCGGCCCCUCAGAGAGUUCCUCAACUACCCCAUGCAGAGCGAGUGGCAAAGGAAAGAGUAUCUGCAUCUCACCAUUGUGCAGAACUUCGACAGGGGGAAGUGUUGGGAGAAUGGCAUCAUCCUUUGCAGAGAGCUGGCUGACCAGUAUGAGUCUUAUUACGACUACAGGAACCUGAGCAAAAUGAGGAUGAUGGAAGCCUCCCUCUAUGACAAGAUCAUGGAUCAGCAAAGACUAGAACCCGAAUUCUUCAGAGUGGGUUUCUACGGAAAGAAGUUUCCUUUCUUCCUCCGGAAUAAGGAGUUUGUGUGCCGCGGCCAUGAUUACGAGAGGCUGGAGGCUUUCCAGCAGCGGAUGCUCAACGAGUUCCCCCACGCCAUCGCCAUGCAGCACGUCAACCAGCCGGACCAGACCAUCUACCAGGCAGAUGCACAGUACCUGCAGAUCUACGCCGUGACUCCGAUCCCAGAGAGUCAGGACGUGCUGCAGAGAGACGGGGUGCCCGACAACAUCAAAAGCUUCUACAAGUUUAACCACAUCUGGAGGUUCCGGUACGACCGGCCCUUUCACAAGGGCACCAAAGACAAGGAGAACGAGUUCAAGAGCCUGUGGGUGGAGCGGACGACGCUGACUCUGGUGCAGAGUCUUCCCGGCAUUUCCCGCUGGUUUGAAGUGGAGAAGAGAGAGCUGGUGGAGGUGAGCCCGCUGGAGAACGCCAUCGAGGUGAUCGAGAACAAGAACCUGCAGCUGCGCACGCUCAUCACCCAGUGUCAGAGCCGGCAGAUGCAGAACAUCAACCCCCUCACCAUGUGCCUCAACGGGGUCAUCGACGCCGCCGUCAACGGCGGGCUGGCUCGCUACCAGGAGGCCUUUUUUGUGAAGGACUACAUGAUGAAUCACCCAGAGGACGGCGAGAAGAUCGGGAGACUGAGGGAACUCAUGUUUGAACAGGCACACAUACUGGAGUAUGGCCUCGCCGUACACGAGAAGUUUGUUCCUCAGGACAUGAGACCUCUCCACAAGAAACUGGUGGACCAGUUCCAUCUCAUGAAGUCCAGUCUGGGCAUCCAGGAGUUUCCGGCGUACGUGCGCGCGAGCCCCGUGCACUUCACCAACGGAAGCCCGCGGACGUGCAGGAACUCCGUGCCCAGCAUCAUCAGCCCGGACGGCGGCCGCACGGUGUCCAGGCGGAGCUACCCCGCGGUGAACCGCUACUCCUCGUCCUCCCUGUCAUCUCAAGCCUCCAACGAAGUCAGCAACAUCACGGGCCAGUCGGAGAGCUCAGACGAGGUCUUCAACAUGCAGCCCAGUCCAUCUACCUCAAGCCUCAGCUCCAACCAUUCAGCCUCACCCAACGUCACCAGCUCAGCCCCGUCCAGUGCCAGAGGUUCACCUCAAAUGGCCGAGAAACACAAGCAUUCCAGAGAAAACGCCUGUCUGUCUCCGCGAGAGAGGCCGGUCAGCGCCAUCUUCCCAAACCCGCUUGAUCCCGCACAGAGAGCUCCCACGCAUCAGAUAGGCGAUACCACUUUACCAAGGAGUGACCCCAACCUCUCAGCUCCAGAUAAAGUGAGACCCACCCCCAGUAGCUGGAGCCUAGACAGUGUCAAAGAGCGCGCCCCGUCCUUCUCUGACUCUGUUGGCAAAUUGCUAUGUCCCCCCGUCCCUCCUAGGCCACCGUACUCAGCAGGCUCCUCGGCUAAAAAUAUGAGGUCGCAGUCUCCCGUCCCUUCGUCCAGAUCCCCGCAAAAGACCACAGUGCCGCCCUUCACCCCGUCGCCCACCGAGUGCCAGUCCACCAGCCUGGUCUCCAACUCCCCCGUCCUGUCGGGCAGCUACAGCAGCGGGAUCUCCUCCCUCAGCCGCUGCAGCGUGUCGGAGGCGUCGGGCACCGAGCUGCCCGCCGGCGACCACCCGCCCCACCCGCUGCCGCCGCCGCCGCCGUCGUCGUCGUCGUCCACCCUGCCCAACUCCGUCUCCAGCGGCUCGGACGAGCCCGUCCGCCGGGAGAACAAGACGCCGCCGCCCUACAGCGUGUACGAGCGCAACAACCCCCGCCGGCCGGUGCCGCUGCCCCACAGCCUGUCCAUCCCCCCGCAGGCGGACCCCCCGGCGCUGCCGCCCAAACCUCACCAGCUCCGCACGGGCAGCAUGAAGCUGGACGGGAGCGCCGACCCGCGGGUCCCCCGGCCGAGGCCCCUGCCCAGGAAGGUGUCCCAGCUAUAGGCGGAAAACAAACACACACACACGCACACACACUGGCGUAUUUUGCACUUUUCUACUCGGCACUCACUUUUUUUGUAAUCCUCAGUUCGGCAUUCCUGAUACCCCCCCCCCCAAAUGACAAACACAAGCCUCUCGAUCGACAGCUGGUGGGAACAGUGUCGCCUCGUGACAGUUGGAUUCACUGGAGGGCAUUGCUUUGACUUUGACUCGGUCAUUCCUCACUUCUAGCUCUCGUCCCGACACAAGUCCGCCACGACGAGUCCCGAUCUAUGUUUACCAGAACGGUUCGGACAGAUGUGACCACCUCACAUACUGUAUAUGUACAUUGGUAUGUGUGAGAGUUGUUUUUUGCCUUAAGUAUUGGAAACAGAGUCUUUUAUCUGUGAGUCUUGCACGCUUCUUUUUUUCCCUUUUUUUUUUUUUUUUUUUUUUUUUUCUUUUUUGGGAAACAACUCGGUAUAUUUCUAUACUGUAUGGCUUAAAAAAAAAAAAAAAAAAGGUGCUAGAGGCCUCGAGUAUGCAUUUCAGUGAAGUGUAGUAUAGACAAGGGUGUGUUCCCAUAGUCAUAUCCACACAAGCAAUAGUACAAUGAAGCCAAACUGAAAUUUUUAUUCAUAAAAACAAAAGAAAAAAAAACAUUUACAUUUAAAUUUAUGCUUUUAACAGCAGAAUUUUCCAUCUCCUCCUGAAGUUGGGACCAUAUUUGGUCAUUUUCCUUAUGCAAGAAGAAUUUGGUGGAGUGAAAUUUGGCACUAAUAACAGGCGCUUUCAGGCUGAUUUAACUCUGUGUGGUUGCAUGUAAAUGAGGAAGCUGGAGAGGCUGUCUCCGGGAAAUUGCCUCCUUGACAGAGUUCUUCUUUCUCUUGAGUCUUAAAAUCAAGAGAAAGAAUCUGGAGUUUGCAGCGAGGCAAAGGGAGCCGCACGAAUAAACCCUGGAAUAAAUAAUGUAUGUGAACACACCCUGUUGAUCCUGCAUGAUGUACAUGACAACAGAUAUUGUGCCAAAGGAAAACUGAACAGUUCCUUGUAAGGAGACUUU